AUGAGCCAUCAUAGUUCAAGCACUGAUAGGUAUGGGAUCCGAUUGGCCUCCCGAUUUCAAGAUAUCUUCCCUUUCAAUUUCCAAGGCAUUGCUAACGCCGCGCAGGCACUGAAUCCUGAUCACUCACCCGAUUUGAAAACUUUUGCUCGCAUCGCCCUCUUCCGUCCUAUUCAACUCUUUUUCACAGAGCUGAUUGUUUUUGUGGUGGCCACUAUGAGCGCUGUAGCUUUUGCCUUGAUAUAUAUGUUCACGGAAGCCCUCCCGCCGAUCUACGAGUCGAUGGGGUUCUCGAGCACUUCAUCCUGCCUUCCCUUUCUCGCAAUUUGUGUCGGUCUUAUAUCGAGACUUCUUACCCGCAUACAAGACCACCGUACGAUUGUCAAAUAUGAGGAAGAGAUUAUUACACUUGAGCCAGAGCAUAAGCUUCUCGGUUUCAUGAUCGGUGCUCCUAUGUUGGCUGGAGGAUUGUGGUGGUUCUCAUGGACCAUUCCGCCAGUGGCCGAUGUUCAUUGGAUUGUUUCUAAAAUUGCCCUUGUUCUCAUUGGAUAUGCCCUGAAUGAGUUUGAUUCUGUUCUUGCGGGCUAUCUUGCUGAUAGUUAUCCCAGCUAUGCGGCUAGUGGGUUCGCUGCUCUUUCGCUCAUCCGCUCGUUGAUGUCAGCAGCUUUCCCAUUGUUCGCUAAUCAGAUGUUUGAGGGGCUUGGUGCGAAUGUUGCAUCUUCGAUUCUAGCGGCGCUGGCAACAUUGUUUUGCAUCGUUCCGCCUUUAUUCAUUAAAUACGGCAAAAGGAUUCGGGCUCGAAGCAAAUCCGCACGAUAUAGUCUGCGGGUUUACCAGGAAAACGGCGUGGAUAAGAAUGGCUACUGA